AUGACGGUGACGUAUACGGCUCGUGUGGCUAACGCCCGCUUUGGUGGCUUCUAUAAGCUCCUGCUGCUGUGGCGGGGCAGUAUAUACAAGCUGUUAUACAAGGAGUUCCUGGCGUUUUUCAUCAUGUACUCGGGCCUCAGUAUAACGUACAGGUUCUGCCUCGAUGAGGAUCAGAGACGCUGUUUUGAGAAAGUCUCACUUUACUGCAAUAACUACGCCAAUCUCAUCCCCGUGUCCUUCGUUCUAGGUUUCUAUGUCACGCUGGUAGUGAACCGCUGGUGGAGUCAGUACCUCUCCAUGCCGUUCCCGGACAGGGUCAUGUGCGCCAUCACCGCCACAGUGCACGGAUCAGACGAGCGAGGGAGAAUGUACCGCAGGACUCUGAUGCGCUACUGCAGCAUGUCCGGUCUCCUCAUCCUGCGCUCUGUCAGCACGGCCGCCUUCAAGAGGUUCCCAACUAUAGACCACGUGGUGGAAGCAGGAUUUAUGACGCGUCAUGAGAGGAAGAGGUUUGAGAAUCUGCGCUCCUCCUAUAAUAAGUACUGGGUCCCGUGCGUCUGGUUCUGCAGUCUGGCAGCGCAGGCGCGGAGUGAGGGCAGAAUCCGAGAUGACCACGCCUACAAAAUGCUUAUAGAGGAGUUAAACGCUUUCCGUGGGCAAUGCAGCAUGCUCUUUCACUACGACUGGAUCAGUGUGCCCCUCGUGUACACUCAGGUGGUGACCAUCGCGGUGUACAGCUACUUUCUGACAUGUCUGAUUGGACGGCAGUUCUUAGAUCCCUCCCAGGGUUACGGCGGCCAUGACCUCGAUCUCUAUGUCCCAGUCUUCACCCUCCUGCAGUUCUUCUUUUAUGCCGGCUGGCUUAAGGUGGCAGAGCAGCUCAUCAAUCCUUUCGGGGAGGACGAUGAUGACUUUGAUACCAACUUCUUGAUCGAUAGGAACUUCCAGGUGUCUAUGCUGGGUGUAGAUGAGAUGUACGGGGAUGUUCCCCUCCUGGAGAAGGAUCGUUACUGGAAUGACUCAGAUCCGCGACCUCCAUACACUGCAGCUACUUUAUUCCAGAAGCUGCAGCCUUCCUUCCAAGGAUCUACCUUUGACAUGGCUAUUGCUAAGGAGGACAUGCAGUUCCAUCACCUCUCGGACAUUGAGGAGAUGAAUGAAGAGACCUAUACCCGUCCGUUCCCUCUCUUCACCCGCCUUCUCCCAGGUGUGGGGCCCUCUCCGCUCUCCUCUUCUGCCGCCCUCACUGCUCCAUCUAUGGCCCCUGAGAGCCAGAUGAGACUGCUGAGACGAUCGACCAGCUCGGCCUCCAGGAGUUCCGACAGCCUGUAUGAGGAGAACCCAGAAGACGCUGAGACGCUUCCUCAUCCUGAGACGCGACCCCCUGAUGUACCACUACAGACCCUGUUCCGUAUUGAAACUCAACAGUCUUUCAUCCCUGUCAGUGAGCAGGCCGCCCAUAUAGCAGAUGCCACUGCUGAUGCCCAAAAGGUGGAGGACAGCGCCCUACCCGAGUCCUCAUGAAUGUAUCAUGAGCUAGAACGGUUAGGUAAAUGGACAAUGUGAAGUUGGACGUGAUUCACCGCUGCAGACCAUUUAUCUCGUGUGCCAAAGACUUUGUAUGUCCG